AUGGCCUCAUCGACAACGGCCCGGCCGGCCGGGCGGUGUGUUCCAGAGUCGUCCAAGCCCAACCUGUGCAACAAGGUGAAGACCCUGACCCUGGAGUCGCCCGAGCUGGUCUCGGACCUGGCGCAGGACCUCGGGGUGCUGGCCGUGCAGGCGGUGCCGCCCGCCCUCCGGGACUGGGUGGGCGCCGACGACCUGCCGCUGCUGCCCAGCGCGCCGCUGCACCUGGUCGACGUCUGCUUCGUGGUGGAGGGCCACACCUUCCUGUGCCACAAGGUGUUCUUCGCGCUGCGCAGCGAGUACUUCAAGGCCCUGUUGACGGACCACUUCUGUGAAGCGGAGCAGUCCAGCGACGGCAUCCCCCGCAUCCACAUUCACGGCGUGCACCCGCAGGUGUUCGCCGCUAUCGUGCACUACGUGUACACGAACCAGGUCAUCACUGAGCUUCCAGAGAGGCUGCUCCUCGAGCUCCUUACUACAGCCGAUAUGUACCUACUCCCGGGUUUACAGAGAGCUUGUGGCCAAGUGUUAGCGAACAGGCUCUCAAUUCAUAAUGUGCUGACACAGAUGCGGCUAGCCCGAUUCUUCGACCUCCAGCAGCUGGAGAACCAGUGCUCCAGCUUUAUUGCAGCUCACAUUGAGAAGGUACCAGCAAGCAUUUUUGGAUGCAUUUCAGAAUUUAUAUUGAAAAUGAUAGACAUGCCUGAGUUACAUGAGCUGAUUUUGCAAGAUGCGGAUGAAGUUGAAGGACGUCAAGAAACAGAUACUAUCCCAAUUAUUGACGAUAUUCGUUAUCAUAUAACAUUGGCAGUCCAGGAUAUGAGUUCCAUGAGUGAAGCUCAAGACAAGCUUCGCAUCAUAGACAACUUGUUGGAAGAGCUAGGACUUGAUGCUUAG